UAUUCUGAUCAUAUCAUCCAGGAAAAAAUGGACAUGUUCUGACAAGAAUCCAUAAACAGUUUUAUUGGCUUCACGUGACCUGUUUUUCUCCUGCUACACACUUCCCUCAACUGAAAUCUCCCAUUCCUCACCCAAAAAAGAAACCACAUGUGCAUCACCCAGCACACCUAUAUAAAAUCUUACGAGGAAGUUAACACAUUUUCUUUUAAACAAAACAUGUCUCUGCUCCAUUUCCUCCUCCUGCUGAAACUGCAAAUCAUCCUCAUAUGUGCAACUCUAUCUAAUUCCUCCAUAACUGAGCUUGAUACUCUUUUGGCCAUCAAAGACUCUCUGGACCCAGAAAAACGUGUGUUGAUCUCGUGGACCCCACAUUCUGACCCUUGCAGUGGUGCUAAUUUUGAGGGUGUGGCUUGCAAUGAGCAAGGUCUUGUUACUAAUAUUUCACUGCAGGGGAAGGGUCUUUCUGGAAGGAUACCUUCAGCCAUGGCUGGUCUUAAGAACUUAACGGGUUUGUAUCUGCACUUCAAUGCUCUGAAUGGGAUUUUACCAAAGGAGAUUGCAAGUUUGACUCAGCUGAGUGAUUUGUACCUCAAUGUGAAUAAUCUCUCUGGUGAGAUACCUCGUGAGGUUGGCAAUAUGUCAAAUCUUCAAGUUGUGCAGCUUAGUUAUAACGAGCUUACUGGGAGUAUACCUACUGAACUGGGAAAGUUAAGGAAGCUUAGCUUUCUCGCACUGAAAAAUAAUCACUUAACUGGAGCAAUUCCUGCAAGUAUUGGUAAAUUGGAGACAUUAGAACGAUUGGAUCUGAGCUUCAAUAGCCUCUUUGGUCCAAUUCCAGUGACAUUGGCCAAUGCACCGGAACUGCAGAGCCUAGAUAUUCAAAACAAUUCUCUCUCGGGCAAUGUCCCUAUCGCUCUGAAAAAACUUAAAGGUGGGUUCCAAUACAUCAACAACCCUGCUUUAUGUGGGAAUGGAUUUGCCUAUUUAGACACUUGCAAAAAAGUAAGAAACUCGGACCCCGUUAGACCCGAACCAUAUGAACCUGGAAAUCUUUCUACAAGAGACUUCUCUGCAUCAGUUGAACCAAAAGCUAGAAACUGCAGUGAUGAUCAGUGCAAAAAGCAAUCAGAAUCUUCAAAGAUUGGUUUGGUUUUUGGGGUUGUUGGAGUUAUUGUUGCUGCCACAGUUUCUGGACUUUUUGUGCUCUUAUGGUACCAUAAUCAGAAACAGAAAAUUGGAAGAGCUCCUGAAAUUUCCGAUAGCCGGCUUAGUACUAACCAGACCAAGGAAGCAUGCAGGAAGCGUGCAUCUCCUCUUAUAAAUUUGGAGUAUUCUAAAGGAUGGGAUCCUUUAGCUAAAGGUCAAGAUGGUUAUUCCCAGGAAUUUCUUGAGAGCUUUAUGUUCAAUCUUGAAGAAGUGGAACGUGCGACUCAUUGCUUCUCAGAGCUAAAUUUAUUGGGGAAGAGUAGUUUUUCUGCUGUCUACAGAGGAAUAUUGAGAGAUGGGUCCAUUGUGGUUAUAAAGCGCGUUUUGAAGACAAACUGCAAGUCUGAUGAGGCUGAAUUCUUGAAAGGUUUGAAGAUAUUGACCUCGUUAAAGCAUGACAAUCUUGCUCGGUUGAGAGGCUUUUGCUGUUGCAAAGGCCGGGGUGAGUGUUUUCUGAUUUAUGAUUUUGUCUCAAAUGGGAGCUUGUUACAGUACCUUGAUGUUGAGAGAGGCAAUGGUAAGGUACUCGAAUGGUCCACCAGAGUAUCCAUCAUUCAUGGUAUUGCCAAAGGUAUUGGUUAUCUUCAUGGAAAGGAAGGAAGCAAACGUGCUCUAGUUCACCAGAACAUAUCAGCUGAAAAAAUACUUCUCGAUUCUCGGUACAAUUCCUUACUUGCAGAUUCAGGAUUGCACAAACUCCUUGCAGACGAUGUUGUUUUUUCCACCCUCAAAGCUAGCGCUGCCAUGGGAUAUUUGGCCCCAGAAUACGCAACAACAGGUCGUUUGACCGAAAAGAGUGAUGUGUAUGCAUUUGGAGUUAUAGUUUUCCAGCUUCUCACUGGAAAACGUGAUAUCUCACCCUUAAGGGUGGAAAGGGCUAGUUGUAAAGAUAUUGUUGAUGAGAAUCUUGAAGGGAAAUUCUCAGAAUUAGAGGCAGAAAAACUGGGGGGAAUUGCUUUGAUUUGCACCCAUGAAUCUCCCCAUCUUCGACCAUCUAUGGACAAUGUAUUGCUUGAACUUGGUUUGUGAUAAACAGUAGCUGUUCGUGAGAUGACGACUGGUAUGUUGCCUUGCCUUAGUAGUUGAAACGACGGGUAAAUAAGGAACCAAUGUGAAAUAUUAUGUUUUCAUGAGAAGCAAAUUAUGUUAAUGUUGCUUUGUAUAAUUGUAUUAUAUUUGAGUACAUGUAGUGUGUAGGGAAAUUCCUCAUGUAAAAUAGGAUGAUUUCCCUUGUAGGUUCCGAAUGUGAAUUUUGAUAGCAUCGGUUGUUGAGUUGUUCUGUUUAGUAUUUUAGAGUUGUCUCAAAACAAUUAGGUCUUUGAAAAUAAUUGGCAUUUGGCAGACACCCUUAAGAGUUAAGACAAAUCAAUAAAAAUUGUUAUGUCUGACUGUCGAAA